AAGGCUCAGUAUAAUAUUGGCCCAAUAAGUUGUUAUUUGUUUUCUGUUUGACCGUUGCAUAUUUCCCGCCGAUUUUCUGAAGGCAGACAAAAUUACUAAAAACAGAUCUCUUCAACAACAAAAAACAAAAACAAUAAACAAAACUCGCUUUGAACUUUCGUUAUUGUUUCAUUUUUUCAAAUAUAAAUCUCUAUUCAUCAUCCAUAACCCUAAUCAUUCCAGACCUAAUAAAAGAUGAUGAAGCAAUUCACCGGACUUAUCUUUCUCUGCAUCAUUUCUUUCUUCUCCAUCGGUGGAAAUGCUGAUUCCAGUUUAAUUUCCGAUCUGUGCAAACAUUGUGACGACCCAAAACUCUGCCUCUCUACCAUCAAGUCGCGCCCUGAGUCUGGCGAAUUUGCAGCCACCAGCAACCAAAUUGAGAUUAUAGCUAUCUCCGUUGCAUCGUCAGACGCAUCUGCUACUUCUGCUUACAUCAAGGAAAAGCUGAGCCACGAGGAUUUGGAGCCAGCAACGGAGGCCACAUUUGAAGACUGCCAGAAAAACUACCAAGAUGCUGUGGAGCAGCUCGACGACUCAAUAUCCGCCAUGCUCGCUGACGCACAUGCUGACGUUGACGUCUGGCUGCAUGCGGCGAUAAGCGCCAUAGAGUCAUGUGCUACCGAGUUAGAGUCACGCGGAGGAAAUGAUGCAGAGCUUUCAAAGAGAAACGAGGUGUUUCUCAAGUUGUGCAAAAACGCUUUGGUGAUAAACAAGAUGUUAUCCUGAGAAUGUUAAUCCCCAAAACUUGAAUAUUAUUUAUUUUAUUUGGUUUAAUUAAGAUGAAAGUGGUUCGGUCUGGUUUAUUA